ACCAGUUAAGACAAAUCCCAGCAUAGCUUUUUGUACAAGGACCAAUGAAAAGUCUUUUUACAAAAGAGCAACCUCGCUGAUUGUGCAACAACAAGAAACACUUUCGUUUUGAACCUGAAAAAAUUAAAUCUUAGUUUAAGAACAUUUCUGUCUGGAUUUUGUGUGAACUAUGCCAAGACAACCAAGAACCUCUGCAAACAAAGUGAAAAAUGUAUCAAAAAAGGAAAACACAUCUUUUCAAGGGAACAAAGGUAAUGAUGAUCAGCAUAUCCCAUGGGCUGAGGGUUUCAAACUGCCGUCGGAAAAACAAUGCGUAGACGCAAUUGGAUUUCCUGGAGAAAUUCCAAAGGAGUUUUCUCCAGAAAAAGACGUGUUUCAUCCUAUUCCCAAACCAAGCAAUAUUGAUGAUUGGCUUGCGCAGUACAAUGAAGGAGGACAGACAUAUAAACAAUUCAUGUCGGAGUGCCCAUGGUUGUCCACAAGGAAAAGGAAAUAUAUGUCAAACACGUUCAUUUCAGGUGGGAGAACCAUGCGUGAUAAAUAUCCUGGUGGCAAAAUAUAUGUUGUUCCAGUUGGUGAUUUUAGUGAUAACAGCCUUUUUCACAAUUUGUUGAAAUACACGGAAGACUUCCUUGGGCUUCCAGUUUUGCCUUUAGCUAAGAUAGAGAUCGAACUGGAAGGAGACGCAGUUUUUUGGGUUGAGGAACCAUUGGCUGGGUCUUCGGGUAGGCGUAUAAGUGAGAGAAAGAAACGCCAUCAGCUAAGUAGCCGCCAUACCUCUAAACAUCUACAAGUUUGUGUGGACAGCAACCUGAUGCAGCUACGGAAGCUGCUGCCUUCAGAUGCCAUUUGUUUGAUUGGUCUCACAGAGUUCGACUUGUUUGGUGAGGAAUCUGACCUGUUUGUUGCAGGCAUGGCAGCAGGAAAUCAUCGGGUAGCCAUCUUUAGUCUGUAUCGGUAUGAUCCCUGUCUCAACUUCUCCAUUGAGCAUUGGUUUGACGUUACAAAAAGUAAAAGCAUGCCAGAAGUUGACAGAAAGAGGGUCAUUCUUCAGCGUGGAUGUAAGCUUUUAGUUCACGAGAUAUGCCACUUGCUUGGCCUAGAUCAUUGUAUAUUCUUUGAUUGUUGUAUGAAUGGGUCUGGACAUCUUACAGAAGAUUUCCGCCAAUCCAUGCAUCUCUGUCCAGUGGAUCUACACAAACUGCAAACUCUUGUUGGUUUCAAUAUUAUUGAACGAUACAAGAAUUUACAUCAGUUUUACGCCCUGCAUGGCUUUAAAGAAGAGGUAAACUGGACUCAGCGCCGAAUUAACAAGUUGUGUGGUUGAUUAACUUGAUUUAUGCAUGUAUACUUCUGUAUUGAAUCCGUUAUGCAUAAUACGGAUUCACAGAAAGUUCAGUUGUGCCAAAUUGCAUGUCUUUAAUAAAUAUACUAAAGUUUAUCAUGUUAUGUCUUAUGGUUGUAGGUUUACCAGGAUUGACUCCAGAAGGAUACCUUCAAUAUGUCAAAGUUGUCUACUUAACUUUGCUAAAACAAAUUCUCGCAUUGUGAUAAUCAGGUUUUUGUAUACCGGUACAUAUUUAUGUUCAGCUCUUGUGUCACAUAUAUUUAUUAUUCUUGAUAUGUAUUUAGCUAUUUAUACCAUGUUUAUAUUUGUUUGUUGGUCUAUAAUGAUUAUGUUAUAAUUAUGGAUAUAUUUACAGCGUUAAAAUUGGUCUGUGAUUGAUUGAUACCAAAUAAAUUAUAUUCCUGUUUUAUAAGGAGACUUUGCUUUAAA